AUGAGCUCAACAACCAAUUGGGAAUCGCAACUCUCGCCACAAGAAGCGCGAGCCUAUGGCAUUUUCUUUGCAGCAGCCAAUGGAGGCAAGCCCAAUGUUGUCACAGGACCAGAGGCGGUGACCUUUUUCGCACGAUCGGGCAUUCCCAAUGAGAUUCUAUCAGACAUAUGGGAAACAGCUGACCGGGACAAUCUGGGAUACCUUACACCCGAGACGUUUUCCAUUGCAUUAAAGUUGAUUGCAUGUGCACAGCAUGGACAAGAUGUGGGUCAACCAGUGUUAUCUACAGUGGUUCCCUUGCCCCAAUUUGAAGGCAUCAACCCGGAGGCAACACCAACAAUGACCAAUGCAGAUACAAUCAGCCCUAGCGACCGUGAAAAGUAUCUUACAAUAUUUCGAGCCCAUCAUCCAGUGCAGGGGGUCGUUGACGGUGCCAAGGCGAGAGAAAUCUUUGUGAAAUCCAAGCUACCAAAUGAAGCAUUGGCACAAAUCUGGAGUCUCGCAGAUGUACGCAAGUCCGGCAACUUGAAUCAGACUGAGUUUGUCAUUGCCAUGCAUUAUAUUGCCAAAAUGAUGGAUGGUUCUAUCAAGACAUUGCCUACUCAACUACCAGCAAGCAUCUAUGGAUCGGCAUCAGGCUCUAUUCAAUCCUCACCCGUACUUCGACGCACCAGCAUGUCACCCGUAGCACACCAAGCAACAGGCAAUAGCACCAUCUCAUACAUGUCUGCAUUACCACCACGAGCAUUUCCAGUACAACAACAACAACAACAGCAGCAGACCGGUACAUGGGAAAUCUCUUCACAACAAAAGAUGCAGUAUGACAGCUAUUUUGAUAAUCUCGACAAGCAACGUACUGGAUAUGUCCAUGGCAACGAAGCAGUAGACUUUUUCAAGAAUUCACGACUUCCAGAUACUGAGCUUGCACGCGUAUGGGAUUUGGCAGAUAUGGAGCAACGAGGUCGGCUGACACGUAACGAAUUUGCAAUUGCAAUGCACCUUAUUCAGAAACGACUUGCUGGCGAGCCGUUGCCCAACAUCCUUCCAAAGUCUCUUGCAGCACAUGCACAACAUGCUUCGAUACUUGGACAAUCCAUGUUCCAAUCACCACCUUCCAUGGAUCCAUCACAAUAUCGACAACCUCCUCCACAACAUUAUCGAGCUCCACCACCUCCACCACCUCCAAAGCAACAACAAUCACAGCAACAACAACAGCUAGAUGAGGAUUUGUUGGGUGAUUUUGGAAACAAUGAGCAACUCACGGAGGAUACGAAUCAAGUGAAUCGAUUGCAAUAUGAGAUUUCCAAUGUGAAGACAACGAUUGAGCAAGUAAAGGGACAAAAGCAAAGCGUGCAAGUAUCGUUGGAGCAAUCACAGCAGCAAAAAGAGCAGCAUGAAAAACAGCGAGCCGAGAUUUUGGCAAUGCAUGAAUCGGAGACCAAACGACUUGAAGAAUUGAAAGGUGUGAUUGAAAGUGAACGACCUGGUUGGAUUCAAAUACAGCAGGAACACAAUGCUGCAUCUCAACAAUUACAACAAGUGCGUGAUGAGAUUGCUGAGACACAAAAGGCUUUGGAUGCUUCACGGCAACAAACAGAGACCUUGCGACAACGUGUACAUCAAAUACAAAGUGAAAAAGAUGACACUAUUGCCUUGUUGAAUCAAUUGCGAGAAUACGUCAGGCAACAAGAGCAACCAUCCAAACCCAACUUUGACGAUAUCUUUUCGCCACAAGGCUCAGAGCAAUUUGAAUCAUCACCACCACAAGAGAAACAAACAGCCUCUCCCAGUGAAUUCGAUGCUAUCUUUGGUGCCGCUCCCACUACGACUACUACUACAGCCAACACCGAAUCAAAACGACCUGCUCCACCACCUCCUCCACAUCGUCGCACUACCAUUCGUCGUCAACAAGAUCAACAAUCAUCCACAACUAAAAAAGCACGUGCACCACCUCCACCACCUCCUACUCAAUCAGCAGCAGCAGCAGCAGCAGGUGCUAUUGGUGCAGGAACAGCAGCUACAGCGGCCGUGUUGGCUACUCAGCAUGAGACCGAGUCAUCUGAUGAUACGGAAACAGAAUCCAGUAGCACCACUAGCUCAUCGGGUGAAGAAGAAUCCAAUGCACAAGUUGCCAAGGAUGAAACAGUGACACAAAAUGAUGGUGUAACUUCGUCGUCGACAUCAGCAGUGGCUCAAGAUCAUGUUAAUAUUCAGGAGCUACCUUCUGAUUUGAGUACUUUGCCUGAAUCUAACGUCGAACAAGUUGUGGCUGAAACACCCCAGAUCCAAGAGGCAGCAGCAGAAGAAGAAGAUAAGGAUCAACCAUCAUCAAAACCAUCCGAAUUAUUACAUUCUGUUGUCCCCGAUGAUGAGGAUGAUGAUGCUAUUGUACCGGCAAACGUCACUGAGACUACUACCAGCCAUGAGGAAGAAGCAUCCAAGCAUGAAGAAGAUAUCCAUAAGGAUGCUGAUGCAGUGAUUGAAGAGCCUUUGGCCGACAAGGAUCGUGCGAUGGAAAAAGAGGAUGAUCAUGUUGAUGACAUUGCACAUGAAAAAGAUACGCACAAGGAGGGUGGAGAAGUGAUUGAAACGCCUGUAGCGGGUGAUUCAACAGCCAAGGAGGCAACGAUGGAGAAGGAGCCGAUAGUCGAAGAACCAGCAGCUGAGGAGAUCAAGAAGGAUGAUUCAACGGCUGAAGAGCCAAAAAUGGAGAAGGAGCCAGCAGUCGAAGAACCAGUAGUGAAGGAUGUCAAGGAGGGUGAUUCAACAGCUAAGGAAUCAGCAGUGGAGAAGGAGCCAGUGGUUGAGGAAUCAGCAGUUGAGGAAAUCAAGGAGGAUGAUAAUGACAAAGCCAAGGACGUUGUAUCGGAUGAGACCAAAGAUACCGUAUCAGCAGUGCCACUAGAGGGACCAGCAUUGACCAAACAUCAGGAAGAAAAAGAAGCGGAUGUUGAUCAAAAGGAUGUGGUGGACAAUGAAUCCAAAGAGACAGUGCCAGCUGCAACGGAAGCUGAGGCUAUAUCCGAAGACAAGGCAUCCAGCACUGUGGUUGAUCAUGUAACCAAGGACUCCGCUGAUCACAAUGAUACUGAGGCUAGUGCGUUGCAAGAUUCUCAAAAGGAUGCACACGAUGAAGAAGAAUCCAAGGCUGUUGAAGCUGAAGAACCCAAAGAACGUGGCAUUGAGAAUGCAUCUGAAGGCGAACAACCCCAAGAAACUCAUGAUACCAAGGAUAAUCAACCAAAGGUGGAAAAUGUGGAAUCAUCCAAGGUUGAGGGGGUUGAUGAGACCAAGGCACCAGCUGUUGAAGGAUCGCAUGACCAUGAAAAAGAACCUGUUGUUGAUGAGAUUCCUUCUGCUACAGCUGAUGAGCAACAACAACCUUCAGCUGACGUAUCCAAGGAUAUUCAAGAAAGCAUCAAUGAGCCAUUGAAGGAUACACAACCUGAAGGUGAAAAGCCAACAGCACCUGAAGCCGAGGAACAACGCAAUGAUGAAAAAGCUGAACCUGUUGGAAGUCAAAAGAUGCCAGGAGCGCUUCCAGGAGAGGAGAAGAAUACCACAGCACCUGAAGAGAGUGAUGAAGAUUUCACAUCAGCUCGCGUAUCACCUAUUGAAGAGCACCCCACAGCAAUUGAAACAUCAUCUACAAACGAUUCUUCUGAUACGGUUCGUCCUACCAUGGAGGAUGACAAUACACCAAAGGAGGAUCAAACAGCAUCAGCUUCUGAUAAGCGGGAAUCGUACAAUCCAUUUGCUAUUGCCACAACAGACACAACCAAAAAGGAAGAUGACGUUACACCCGAGGCUAUCAAGGAAGAAUCGAGCACUAAAACACCUGCUAGCACUGAAAAGAAUGGAGAAGAUAAUGAAGAUUUCGAUGCUGUGUUCAUGGAGCGACCCACUGACAAAUCCAAGCAAUCAUCAUUUUCUUCAGGCGAGAAUGAGAGCUUUGAAAUGAUAUCGUCGAAUGCCAGUCUCGACAAGUCGAAACCCACUGAUGAGAUGGAAGAUGAAUUUGACUCUGCCUUUGCAAGUGAAUUACAUGAUGCCAAGAUGAUCGAUGCUCCGACAACAACAACUGGAGCAGCAGCAGCAACGAGCUCAGCAUUUGAUGAUGAUUUCGAUUCAAUCUUUGCUACACAGCUUAUGGAUGCCAAGGUUGUACACGAUCAAUCCAAUCCAUUCGGACCUGUACCUUCCUCAUCCACUGAAAUCAAGGACAAGGGCAAGGAAAAAAUGAGCUGGGCAACAAGCUUUGGUGGAUUUGACUUUGGCCAAGAUGAUGAUGAUGUUACGAAGGGCAAUGAUGAAUGGGAUGCUAUCUUUGGUGGUGGCGGCGACCAUGAAAAGAAAAAGGAUUCUGCUGGUGGUGAUCAGCAAGGUUUUCAAGACACAUUUGCUGAUUUUGGCAAAGAGCAUAACAAGGUUGAUGAUGCUACUAGUCAAGCAAAGGACGAUCAAGCACCCAAAGAGGAACAAUUAUCCAAACAAGAGGAAUCGCCCGAGAUUCAAGAGCGUGUUGAUACGCCACCACAGCCACAGCACCCCGCAUUUGCACCCACGGGAAGCAAUCUGGAUCAAUUAUUGGCCAUGGGAUUUGAUCGCGCUGUAGCAAAGGAAGCACUAGAUCGAUAUGACCAAGAUUUAGAAAAAGCUACCAACUUUUUACUGGAUCAAGCCUAA